UGGCUAGCUACUCAAUAAGUGAACUCCAUAUUCAUAUACAAUUCAUGUUCAAACAACAAAAAUAAUAUACAAAUCUAAAAAGUAGUUAUUUACUGUUUCAUUAAUAUAUUAUUCAAGAUGUCCGAACAAUUCAAUUUCAGCGAGGUCUUCAAUAGCAACACUUUGCGUGGACGCGCCAAUGUGGCCAAGGCCACUAUUGCCUCAGUGGGAUUACUCUAUGUCUUGGUUAAGAUGCAGCGUCGCAGUGCUAAACGUCGUGAAGCCAAACUUUAUUGCAAGGGAUGCCAAAAGAAGUUAAUGAUGAAUAUGUAGGAUUGGCCAAUUGGCAGCAAAUUUUGGGGGCAAUACUCGUCGGAGGCCUCCAAACCUAACCCCUCAAAUUCCCUUUCCCCCUCCUAUCCACCAAUCCAUUUUGUUAAAAUCUCUUGUAAAUUGUCAAAAAAAAUAUAAAUGUCCAAUACCAAUGAUUAAACAAAUAAGUGAUCGCAGUUAGAUCACUCUGUAUACCAAAA